UGGACUUUGGCUCCAGGUGAAGGCUCCUCCCUGUCUCCUAGCCGUCCAAUCAGUUCUUCGCAUGACUUUCAUCUGUGCAGACAGCCGUGUGCUUGUCUGAUUUACAGUAAACGGGGAGUGGGGCUAACUGUGUGCCCUGAGGGUGGUAGCUGGAACAGACGGGAGAACACGCGAGGGAAAGAGCCAUUCGACAGUUCACGGCGCUGAGGAGCAACACAUGACUCCCCUUUCUGAGGAAUUAAAGCUCUCCACCGAAAGAGAAGAAUGAGAAGACACUAAACAGCUCUCCCUUUUUUUUUCCUUUCCUUUUUUUUUUAACUACGGGUGGACAAUAGGACACUGGAAAGAUUUCCGAAGACAAGAGAAAGUAACUUUGGAAGCUGCUGGGUGAAGUUUCUUUAACAUUUCCCUGCCGUUGAGCGCGAACCAGAGGACAAAACAUAAAGUAGAUGGAUUUAAACAUGAGCAAUCCCACUCUAAGCCAUUGUGAAAAGAACGAUGAGUUUAAGUACCAUCUGUACAGCGUGAUAUUUACCCUGGUGUUUGCAGUGGGACUUUUAUUCAACGCCAUGGCGGCGUACAUCUUCCUCUGCACGUUGAACACGAGGAAUGAGACCACCACGUACAUGUUGAACCUCGUGGUCUCGGACACUCUCUUCGUCCUGAGCCUGCCCUUUCGGAUCGCCUACUUCAUCAAAAGGGACUGGGUGUUCGGCAGCGUCCUCUGCAAGAUCUCCGUGUCCCUGUUCUACACCAACAUGUACGGCAGCAUCCUCUUCCUCACCUGCAUCAGCAUGGACCGCUUCCUGGCCAUCGUCCACCCGUUCCGGUCGCAGGGGAUCCGCACGAAGAGGAACGCCCGGCUGGCCUGCCUGGCGGUGUGGGUGAUGGUCCUCUGUGGCAGCAUACCCACCGGCAUCCUGCUGGACACGUCCUCAAACAACACAGACUCUUCCUCCAACUCCACCAACUUCUGCUUCGAGAAUUACUCGAAAAAUCAGUGGAAGGCCGAGCUGUCGAGGGUGGUGAUUUUCAUUGAGACCGUGGGCUUCAUCCUGCCGCUGGCGAUCAACGUGUUUUGCUCUGUGAUGGUGCUGAGGACACUGAGGAGUCCCACAACCAUCAGUCGCGGAGGGAGCCUCAACAAGGCCAAGAUCUUGAGGAUGAUCGUCGUGCAUCUGCUCGUCUUCUGCUUCUGUUUCAUCCCCUACAACGUGAACCUGAUCUUCUACACCCUGGUGCGCUCCAAGGUCCUAAAGGGGUGCCAGGCGGAGUAUGUGGUCAGGACCAUCUACCCCAUAGCUCUCUGCAUAGCGGUGACCAACUGCUGCUUUGAUCCCGUCAUUUACUACUUCACCUCAGAGACGAUAAAGAACUCCAUCAAGCGAAAGUCGAUCGCUUGGUACAACAGGGUGCGACUACUCGACACGGUGCACGGAGAAAGCUCACAAAACAGUCCAAGUAUGAUAACCAAGAGCUACUUACUGAGGAGCAAGGGACUCAGAGUAAAUGACAAUGAGUCCACAGCCUGAUGACGGUUCUGCCAAGGGACGUGAGUAAUUCUCCAACGACCAUGGCUGGUGAAACUUGAAUUAAAGCAAAGUGACUGAAACUCCAGACAAAAACAUUAUUGAGGAGUUACUCCCUUCAUCAGGACAAAACAGAGUUUGGACUCGAGAUUAAAGAUGACGAUCUCCAUGCAGCAAUAAAACAGGAGUGCUGCAACGAUAUAACAACCUGUGAAUGUUGAAAUGAGUCUAUAAUGCCCAGUUUAGGGUCUCUAAGUAAUUGUUGCACAAAUUACAUUGUGUCUGAAAUCCUAUUUAUUAAAGCUGAAUCAGUAUCAUUGCUCUUUAAGGUGCUUUUUUUUAGCAGUUUGUAGUCAUUCACAUAUUUUGUGAUGCACUUUAUAGAAUAGCAUAUUCUGUAAUCAACUGUUAUUUACAUACUAGUAAAUAAAAAUAAUGACUUUUU